AUGUGCUCGAACAAUAUACAAUGGCAAGUACAGGGGUUUGGGACCGCGGAAAGUAAACAAAAAACACGAAAGAAUGUCAGCUCUGCGUGUCGAGCGUGCAAAGCGCGAAAGCUGAAGUGUAGUGGGGUGCCUCCAUGCGAAACGUGCGUGAGGUCGAAAAAGGAAUGCAUCAUCGACGUCGAGCGCGACCAACGACGAAAGCUCAAUUUGAAACGAAGAGUCGACAGUCUAGAGAGUGAUCGAAUCUUUCUCAUUCGCUUGAUCGAGAGCCUUCGCACCGGCCCACAAAACCACAUCACUGAUUUACUCAACUUCAUUCGCUCAUCAUCGAGUCUCGAUGAGAUCAAGUCGUUUCUCAACAGCUAUGUCCCGCAAACGGAAACCGAAGCGACGCCGCAGAUGAGAGAUGUGUUUGUAAAGCUCGAGCGACUUCAACAAUCUCGACAAGGCCCACCGACGACGCUGGCAACCCGACGGCUUUCAGACACACCUUUGGUCACCGUACCAGCGAAGCCUUGGACGACCGUAACCGAUGACGAUCAAUUUGUUUCCCAUUUGAUCUCGCUUUGGCUCACAUGGCAUUACCCCUGGUUCCACUGCAUCGAUCCGGCGAUUUUCAUCAAAGCAAUGCAGUCGAGGGAUUUACAAUCAUCUUUAUGUUCGCCAUUUCUUGUCAAUGCGAUCCUUGCUGAAGCGUCUUUUUUCUUCGACAGCCCCGAAGCCUAUGCGAUAAGUGGCGAUAUCAGGACGAUAGGAGAUCGUUUGUACGCCGAAGCCAAAAAGCUAUUGGACGAUGAAGAGGGAAGGAUGUCUAUACCAACGAUUCAGGGACUAGGAGUUAUGUUCGAAUGUGCUUCUGGUUUGGGAAAAGACCGAGCAGGAUGGGUAUACMCCAUUCAAGCCGCUGAAGGAAUGAAGGCAAUUCGCAGAAAACAGGCCCGCCUGGUUCUCGAGACUGGCUUKUCCACGGCGGAUCUUGAGUUGCUGAUGCAACGCAUUGAGCUCAGCCAGUUCAACGUGUUUGUUUCUAGCGCUUUGGCUCUCCAGAUUCGUCCUCAGGUCAUGAAGCCACACAGUUCUUGUAUGCCGACCAAUUGCGAGAUUAGUAAAGACGUGUUUGUACCAUUUCCUCGUCGCGAGAUACCGCUACCAGCCCACUACGAUUGUAUACUGAAUACAUUGGCACAAAUGGGGGACAUAGUUUGGGACAUUUCGACAUUCAUCGGCAGUGAAGAACGAACAUUCACGCAGGCUGACUUGGUCGAUGCAGUUGAAAAAUGGCAUGCACGUCUUGCUCAAUGCUGGGAAACACGAUCCAGAUGUAUUGACAUUGAGAGAAAUCCUGUGCCAGGUAUCUUGACAGUGUACAUGUAUUACCAUACUAUCAUCAUUACUAUGUACGCCUUUCUCAAAUCCAUACCACCAAAUGCCGAUGAUCGUCUUUUGGAGUGGGCAGAGCGGGCGCGGCAAAUUUAUCCCGCUCCCUUUGCAAACGCGCACUCUAUCAACACGUCGCUGUAUAUUUUGAUGGAGGAUCUGAGGGCUGCCGAGAGUCAUCAAGCAUUCAUGAGUUUAUGCCGAGCUCAUAUUCAUUAUGCCAAACGGUGGCCGCUACAUCGAGGCACGGUCCGGAUGGUGCAGUUGACCGCACAGCGUAUGAAAGAUCCGCUGCCACAAGACGUGGUGACUCAUUUCCGGGACUUCGAGGAGCGAUAUUGGAGGCCAGAUAGCGGUCGGCAAUUUAGCAGUCGGUAUCCUAAUUUUGCCAUCGCAAUUCGGCAGGGGGUGGAUUAUCUGGCGGAUGAUCUGGAGCUGGAUGCAUUUCUAGAGAAAUGGGUGAAUCUGGACGAUGCGACGUGA